AUGAAUAAAUUGGCAAUUUACAGCAGUUUUAUCGCUUUUGCAGGGUUAGGUCUUUAUUUAGUGAAUAAAAAUAAUAAAAAGUAAAUGUACAAUAAUUUUAAGAAAAGAAAAAAUAAUCGAAAAAGCACUAUUAUUAAAAAUACUUAAAGAUCUUUAAAAACAAUAUUACCCUAUAUGGGAGAAAAUGAUAGAAACUGGAAAAUAGCUAUAUCAUUUUAAGAAUUACAAUAGUAAUGACAAUUAAAAGGAAAACAUAAGAGAUUUGAUUGAAUCUAAAUUUUAAAAAGUAAUUGAAAAAGUUGAAUAAAGUGUGUAUGUUAAGCAUUAAGUAUCUCAAGAUGAAGUUGAUUACAACUGCAAAAUUAUUUACAAAGAUGAUGAACAAAUUAGUGCAUUGCUAAGUUACAUUAAUUUAGGAUUCGAAUAGGCUCUAAAAUUAGAAUUAAACUUAUCUGUUAAUAUAGAAUUACCUGAAUUUAUUAAUGAAGAACUAAUACUGAAAACUCAAUGUUAAAUUUUGAUUAGUAGUGCUUAGAAGUUUAACAAUAUAAUAAAAUAAUAUGCUUAAUAAAAUGGUGGUGUGAAAGUGACAAAACAUUCAGAUGCAUUUCAAUAAGUAUUGGCAGAUUUGAAAUAGCAAAGUAAAAAGUACUUAAAAUAAAUAUAAUUAGAUAAGAAAUAUUGGAUUAAAAUGGAUUUGAUGCUUCAGAUGAACCAAGUUCUAAAUUAUUUUAUGAUGCUAUAAAAGUCUAUUCAGAAAAUAGAUCUUUCAAGUAGAAAUUGGUGAAGUUAAAUGAGAUUUAUGAUGUAAUAAUGAGUGAAAUCCUUGAGAAUGGAUAGAUUUUAGAAAAUGAAAUAGAGAAUAGAUUAAAAUGUUGA